AUGGCGGCGGGAGAGGGAGAGGCAUUUCCUAUCUCUUGCAUUGGAAUGUUAGAGUCACCUAGCCCGUCUUUACAAAACAGCAUCAAAUUUUCAUACAGUGGAAGAUACUUCAGUGCACUGUUCGAUUUCGGAGUUGUCCAAGUUUGUCAAUUGAAAGGUAAAAUUGGGAGGAUUGGUCGAGGCAAUUGAGUUUCAGGUGUCCGAUAAACAGAAAAAUCGUAGAAAGAAGUGUUUGUUAUGUUAGCAGUUUCAUGACACAGUCCUUUCGCUAAACUGCAGUUUAGUUGAAUAUUAUAUAAAUUAGCUAGUCGUUUUCUAUGUUUGUAGGGUAGUGAAACACAGGCCUUUAGCUUGCAGUUCGGCCAUCAUUGUCGCGUUUGCAACCACACGUGAUAAUUAAGGCGACCAUAUUGGCUGACAAAACAGUACAAACUUUUCGCAGAGUUUUAAAAUUCCCACCGGAGAAAUGUUUUUCUUGUCAAUAGACAUGACCACCAUGAUAUCAGCUGUAAACCACCAACUGAGAUUUUUGAUCUGGGAAUUGCUUUUUUGAGUUUGAGGGCUGGGUUUUUAAGGCAAAAUGGGGACAAAAUUCUGGAUUGAAUGCAGUGGCGGACCCAGGGGAGGGGCCCGCCCCUUAUUUUAAAAUCAACCUAAGGCUUGGCCUGAAGGGCCGAAAAAAUACAUUUUUUGCAAUCGGCCACCCUUUCAUCUCAGGGUCUGGAUGACUGCCCCCUCCCCUUAUCUAAAGGUCUGGAUCGACUACUGAAAUGUACCAUAUUUCCUCCAAUAAAACCCAUCGCUUGAUUAAUCGCCUUCCUCGAAUAAUCCCUCCCCCUUUGACAAAAAAUAAUUGCUUCCCGCAAGGAAGUUACUUUUGAGGUGAAGCAAUUUCUAUAUAUUCUUUUUAGUCCUUCCAGAUGAUUUUUAUACACUUCAUAGCUGUCCCUUCUCCCAAAAUGUUAAACUUACUAGUAACAGUCUUGCGACUUUGUUGUGAGCUUCAGGAGCAAGGGUGGUGCAGUGGUGAGAUAAACUGUUCACAGUCGCCUAUUUUCCCAAGGGAUCAUCGAGAUUGAGCGCUUUGCGUUACGGGCUGCCAUCUUGCAUGAGUGUCAAAAAUACUUAGGGGGCAGGGGAGAUCACUCACCACCCACCAAUGUGGCUUGGGUUCGAAUUCUGGCAUCGAUGCCAUGUGGGUUGAGUUUGUUGCUGGUUCUCUCUCUCUUGCUCUGAGAGGUUUUUCUCUGGGUUCUCCUGUUUUCACCUCUCUUUAAAAACCAACACUUUCAAAUUCCAAUUUGAUCUGGAAUGCACCGACACGUUUCAACAAGCUGAGAACAACUAAGAACUCCUAAGUGUAUUGUGGGUAAACAAAUAAUUUUACAUUUUUUGUUACAAUUUGAUGACCUAUCUCACACUCUCAUGAGUUGGCAAUAUUGAUUUCUCACUCUUUCUCGAAAAGUCACACUCCAAUAAACUUUUGCAGCAGCUAUAGGCUAUGUGUCCAAGUAAGAUACAUGGAUAUAGUAAACUCAAUCCAAAGAAAACACCUAAUGAUCUCAUUUAAUUACCUGGUAGUAAAGGCGUGAAUUGCCUAAUUGGUGCAUUGUUUACAUUCUUCAUACUAUCGUGACUUGCCACUGCCACCAAAUGCACAGACGUCUUUGUAGUUUUGUCAUGCAAAUUAGUCUGGUAUAGAGUAUAGAAAUCAGAGGAUUUUGGUAUACAGUGAGGUUAUGGGAAAUGUACGUUGGGCUGCGCUGGCUAGCUUGGCAUUGCUACCAUGUAGUGGUGGGUGGGAAAUUACUUCUGUUUAUUUCGUUGUUUUUAAUUUGGCUAAGUACGCUUUUGGGAAUAAUGUUGUAAAAAGUUGAAGUGAAAUGAAGAAAACUUUCUGCUUUUGCAUCCUAGAUAUUGAUGAUAAUUUCACGGUUACUCCAGUAAAAAGGCUCACAUUUGACAAAGGUGAACACCUUGAAAGCCAUACCUGGUCUAGCAAUGAUGAGAUUUUUGCAGUGGCUGGACACAAGAUCUAUCUGUUUGAAGUAAGUCCAUUGGAACAGUUAAAUAUUUUUGAUAUUACCUCCUGAGAUGGGUGACUGUAAAGGUCAUUUUGUUUAUACACCAGGUGUGGAAGUUUCCACUAAUAUAUUUUUUUAUUAAUGGAAACUUUAUCAGGGGUCUUCCUCUAAAAUUACCAUUAGCCUGUGAACAGGCAAAAAGAGUAUGGGCAAAAAAAGAGCAAGUGAUCUACGUUUCUCCCUUCCUGUCUGCUCGUGCUUUCUUGCUAGAGAACCUGAUUAAUACUAAGGUUAAGUGACAAUGACAAAGUUUCUUGCCGGUGGGAAAUAAGGUAGACCUACAGCUGUAGUAUAUACUUUAUGGUUAAUGAGCUAGAUUACCCUAAAAUGCCUCUGCACUUUCUACUUUUAUUUGAGAGAUUCAUCUUUUUAUAACCAUGUAUAUAAACUCCGUUCUCCUGUUCAUGUAAGUAUUAAGUUCCUAGUUUUGAAUCUUCCAAAAACAAACAUAACUCAUCUAAGCCAUCUUGACAAGCUUAUCAUUCAAAGCUGGUAAAGCAUUUGCCUUUGUUGCAAGAAUGUAGAUUCUUUGGCUGCCAAAUUUACAUUAUUUUAAUGUUUCCACUAGAUAUUUAACUGUAGUUGCACUUAAGGUAGUUCUUCUGUUUUCUGGAGUUAAAAUGGUGAUGUGUGGGUGUGUGUUUUUUUGCACUCCACUGAAUGCAAUAAUUAUUACAGUCAAACUGGCAAAAUCUUGAACACUUAGAAUACUUUAUUUUUAGGAAUGUUUAUUUUGUUAUGACCAAUCACAGUAAAGAUUAGGACGUGUGAACUAGCCACAAAACCCCCAACUAUUAAAUGUUCUUGCUUGUGGUUUAGUUUCGGACACCCGAUUGGCUUUUUUCUUGUAACACAAUAACAUUCCAGAAAUAUUUAUGGUGUUCACUGAGUUUUCUUGGUUUGCCAUUUUGACUGUAAAGAAUUAAAGUUGAGAAGUUGUUCUGCCUGAUUGCAUUAAACACAAUACAAAUAUUGUGAGAACAGUAAUAUGCAUUUCAAGAAAACAUUUACAAAUCUGCAAAUUAUGUAACUAUUUUGUGCAGAAACUUUUAUUUGUGGAUUGUAAAAAAAAUGCAAAGUCAGAGAAAACCAUAAUGCAACACAGUUUUUACUAAUGUGACUAUUAUAUACUGCAAAGUGAAUAGUGUUUUUUUGCGUAUGCUGUUUGGCUAGCAUGAAAGUGACCAAUUACUUUUCACCUCCAAGGAGAUGAAAAGAAAUGGAAAAAAAUAACAUUAAAGACCUGAACUCUGGACACUAAGACUGGUGUAGUCUACGCAAAGGACAUGACACACAACAAAAAGGCAGCAAUUGACAGGAUAAGCUUAUAAAAUCUGCCAGAGCUGUGGGCACUAGGAACUCCACUAACACAAGGCUUAGAAGCAGGUUCAGUAUAUGUCAUAUCCAGGAACCUCUUAAAGCUUCCUGGGAAAUCAGUGAAAUAGCCAUCAAUCUGGGUAUUCAAGAAGGUUUGAUAUUCAUUGUAAGGAUCCUGACUGUAAUUCCAGGCCAAAUACUUGUUUUCAUUUCUGAAUGUAAAUGCGUGGACCUUCAAGUUGUUGUUGUGUGCAUUAGUGACAAAAUCCGUGGUACUUUGUAGAUUGUUUUGAUCGACUGGAAUAAUAAUAUUCUUCCAUACACCAAUACCAGAACAAAUACUUGAAAGAUUUUUCAUUUUAUCCUGCUCAUUUGGUGGUCUGUACUCAUAUAACAUCACCAAAGGUAACCUUGUUUUUGUUGACAAAGACCUGAUGCCUUCUUCACUGAAUGACUGGACAAAACACAGGGCAUCUUUCUCACGAUAUCCAUUAUUAUGCAGUACCUCAACAAAGAGAUCUUCAAAGGUGGUGUUAGCAUGGCGGAUAAUAUCCAGAGAAUUGAUCCACUCUGGACUCUUGAGCUCAGGGUAAAUUCCAACCUUUCUGUCUGCAGAUUUGGCAACUCGAAUGUAUUCUUCAAGUGUAGGUAUCUGGUACAUGUCAUCAAAACUAUGAUCUCUGAAAGGGUACUUUUGUCUAACGCGGAUUGUCUUAAGCUCUUCCAGGGUGAGAUCAACUGUAAAGAUAUCUGUGACAGUCUUGUUUCGGAUGUCACCAGAUGCUGGUAUAUUAUAAGUCUUCACUCUUGAUCGGAGUGUUUGAUUUUGCCAUAUAUUCGUCGUUUCAUUCAACCAGCUCUCGUGGCGACAAACAAGUUUUAGGUCCUUGGUGAUGUAGACGUCACAUUCAAUGAAGUCGGCCCCUUCCUUGAUAGCUAACCUUUAGGAAAAAAGGAAAAGCAAAAAACCUUUAGAGAGAUGUUCCCACAUACAUUAGCUUAAUUUAAUGCACCUUUCCAUUGGUUUUAAACAGGUUAUUAUUUUCAAUAAAAUGGAAGAGCAGGUCACUCACUGAGGUGCAACAGGAGGUUGACCAUGGCCACAAUAAUUUUGACCUUCUGGUUGUAAAACAAUGGAAUAGUUCAUUAAAUCAUAUAAUGCCCUGCUCCUUGGCAUUUAACAGGGCUCACACAGUCUUGAAAAGUCCUUGAAAAGUCCUUGAAUUCCAUUUUUCCUUGAAAAGUCCUUAAAUUUCUGUACAAGUCCUUGAAAAGUCCUUGAAUUUUCUUCAACUUUGAAUGCAGUGGCCUGGAAAGAUUUUUCUAAUGCUUUUUGGUUGUCCAAGUCAGAAUAUAAAUCAUAGCUCAGAGAAUUUAAAGGUUAUUUUACAUCUAGUGCUCUAUGCUUUAUGCAAUAAUCAACUGACAAUGUAGAGAAGUUGGUGAAGCAAGCAGUUCAAGCCUUUAAGUCUUAUUAGAAUAGACUGGGAAAGUGCAUUUUUGUACAAUCUGUGAAAUUAUAUUCCUAGUAGGUGGUCCUCGAAAAUCUAAUGUGGCCCUUGAAAAGUCCUUGAAAAAUGGUUGCAAUUAUUUUGUAUGAACCCUUUUUAAUAUCCUUUGUACAUUAUGCAGAUGUGAUAAAGUGAAACCUCUUCUUUGGGACCCCUUAUUCCAGGAGACACCUCCUGUCCAUAGUUUUCUGAAAUUGAAAUGGUUGUUUUUGUUUUUGUUUUUGUUUUUUGUUGCCUUGCUGAUGCGUUACUUAGGGCUAUCAUAGAAUUAACUGUUUCUUAUAUCAUAAUUAUGUGAUUUUUAAAAGAUAAAUCGUUUUUACACUUUUAAAUUUUAAAAAAUAGAUCAAUAUGUCAUAGGAAAAUGAACGCUGUAUCAAAUCAAUCAACACUGUCAGUUCUAAUCCCGAACAUAAACAAAGAACGAAUUUUCAUGAUGUGUAUUAGGCUAACAUGGUCGCGCGAUAUAUUCGGAGGUAAUCAACUGGCAUGGUCCUUUUGGAAAUGCAGUAGAUCACUUUCGAAGGAGUUGGGUUGUUACUCAUUCUCAACAGUUCCACAAACAAGUGUCACAUUUGUAUAAAGAGCAAUAGUUUUAAAAUAUUCCAGUAUACUUGACAUGUAUUGUUAGUUAUUGUUGUUCACCUACAUGUAAACAGAGCAUUUGGAGUCUUAAUUUUCAAUGACCUUACAAUGUUAUAUUUUAAAUGCAUCAAGCGUUUUCCAAAUUAUUCGCAUCAAUGAUGCCGCCACAAUAUUGAGAAAAACGCCAAUAUCAGCCAUUACAUAAUACAUGUAUAAUCAAACGCAUGCUAAUCAAAUCUUUCGCUUUAAUUUAGGAACGGCUAAAGUAAGCCUGGCGAUCUUUUUGCACGCGUUUUUUCAUUAGAGUGAAGCUACUACAGGGUGAAUUUGCAAUUCCAAAGCGCUUUGCUUUCUAUAGAUAUCGCCAGUCGUCAAGGUUGUUCAGUUGUUACUGUACUUCCAGCCGACGAGUUUGUGGUCAGUCUCACCUGUAGGCUUCUAGGGUGUGCUCAGGGAGUCGACCAGAGCUCCCUCGAUGACCAAUGUUUAAAGGUCUAGUGGUAGGUUUUUUAGCAGCAACAUAAGAAGUCAGGCAGAGCAGCGUUAAAGGUACAAGUAUCCACAGCUUCUUCAUGACUUUCCUCGCCUUGUAGAGUGGUGAAGAGUUCAAACGGCUUGUGCGAGUCAAAAUCUUGGACACUUAAGUUGAUUCCGACAAGGCAAUUGUGGACUAGCCAAUCACUACACACAAACACCGGAAAUUCCUAAUGCGUUCAGUAAAAAAAUAACAAAGAAAUAAGUAAUGUAACAGUUUCAAAGUGCACGUUGUUAACCCCCCAAAUUUUGCAAAGCGAUGUUUCUCAACUUCUCCUGGGUGUUACAGUCGUCCCAAGAGAAAGCAAAAACAAAGUUAUGCAAGAUUUUUGGGGGGAGGGGGGGCGGAUAUUGUAGGUCCUUGAUUGGUCAUAUUUUGUUUUUUUUUUGAAAAUAUUUGUAACUCGGUCCUACUAAUUGAAAUGCAAUGCACGAAGAUACUAAUGCGUUUUCGUUUACAUUUCGUUGACGUUUUGCGUUUUCGCAUACAUUUCGAUGCGUUUAGGCUUUCCGUCCUCACUAAAUCGCUCAGCGUUUUUAUCGAAAACGCAUCGAUUUGAAAGCGCUCGUGAAAGUCGGGAUUUAAACGAAAAGGCGUUCAUAUCGUUUUUGUGUGGACGGUCGAAAACGGUCGAAAACGCAUCAAAAUGGAAACGAUGACCAAAAAUAUCGCAGGCGCGUGUGUUUGUAGCAUGUGCAUAGAGUUCAACUUACGUCACAACUUGCAACUCUAUCAUUUUUGAACGUUUUACUGUGGACGGUCAAAGGUAGUUUGGACGCGAAUCGGUCGGUGCGUUUUCGAUGACAACGAAAACGCAUACCAAUGAAAACGCGUUAGUGUGGACAUGUGGACAGAGCCUUGGCCUAUUGUACAGGCAACAACAACAACAGGCUUUUGAGGCUUUAUCUGCAUGACUUUUGCAAAUAUAGUAUUGCAAAAGCUAUUUCUUGACUUGUUGUUGAUAACUUAAAAUCAAAAUUAAAAUGAAGUAAGUUCUUGCUUAUUUUAAACUAUUCAGUUAUACUGUAGGGAUUAUUAUUCCGUAGCUGAAAUGUUUAUCUCUCAAUUCGAAGAAUGAUGAAACAAUUAAAAAAAACAAAUAUUCAUAAAAUGAUCAGUUAAGUUCAUUAGAUGCGAUAAUAAAGUUUCUUUUGGUAACAGUCGUGGAAAUGGUACAUGUACCAGGUUCUAUUUUAGUGAAGAACAUAUCUCUUAUAGAAGAUUAGCUUGCACAAUUUAGUAAAAAGUGAGUUUCAACUUCAAUGGUUUUACAGCUACAGAGUCAUAGGCAUAGCUUGAAUUUUUGUUCCACUAUAAUUGUACAAGCUUAUGUAAUCAUUUACUAUCACUACCCCCGUGGGGAAGGUACUGCCUAUGAUGACCUAUAAGGUGAGGCUCCGCCCAAAAGCCGUAGAGGGGUACCUUUGGCAGGCUUGAGAAAGGGUCAUAGGGUGGGGAAAUCUGUCAUUUACGUAUUACAGGGUCUUAAAUUACAAUAUGUCGAACAGACGCACCUUUUGGCAGUUUUAUUUUAAUUCAUUAAACGCUACAUUACGAAGAUGCUAAGAGUGCAAUGAGGUCCGCUCUAGAAACAAAUUGACGAUCUUCGUACUUGAUUGUCAGAAGAUAUGACAAAGAUUCCGCACCAUAGUGCAGGCCGGGGCCGCACAGGACAUGUGCUAGCGCUUGUAACCGUAAGUUUCAUUCUUUUUGUCUUUUUUAGGUUUUGAAGGACUUUUCCAGCCUUCGCGUCAUUCCGUUGUACUACAUGCCAAAAGAUAUUUCCUUAAUAAUGCAUCAGAAUUCCUCCUCUGUCAACAAGGUAACUGCUCUAUUCUUAACAGCACGCUUUCCUCAUAACGGUAAACCCGGUAAUUUGUCAGGUAUACACAAACAGUUUUUCUGGUUAAUCAUGCCGUAGAAGACUAUUGUAAACACGUAAUUGAGAGCCCUUUUGCAGGGCUAUUGAUAAGUUAAAAAGAUAAAAAAGAGAGUAAAGGAAAAGGAGAAAACGCUAAAACAUGCUAUGUUAUCUAUUACACUGUAAGAUUCUGUAUUGUAAUCCGGGUUUGACAGGUUUUUUUGGCGUACGGAUGACUGGCGAAAGGAACAAAAUGUGACGUAGUUUUAUUAGAAGCAAAAAUAAAUCUCUUAAUAGAUCUUUUGGUCGAUAAUAUUUGCUCAUUACCGACGUUGCCUCGCCCGUUUUCAUGAUGGCGGCUACCCACAAAGUCCGUGAAAUAACCACGCUUAUUAUAUACCUACCGUAAGCGCGGACUAUAAGGGCCUGUUUACAUGGAGGUGGGGGACCCCAGUUAGGUGAGGUAACCCGCUUAGGUGGGGUAACCCGCCUGUUCAUGUAAUUUGAUCACGUUUACAUGAUAGGUGGAGUGACCCACUACAUGUUACCUCACCUAUCUUGGGUCCCCCCCCAACUUCCAUGUAAACAGACCCUAAGAUAUAGAAUAUCUAUUUUGCAGUUGUACAGUCUGGCUUUGGCAGGGCCAAACGGAGUCGAGCUGUAUCAAAUGAAGACAGGAGACCCACUUAGCGUGGUAUGUAUGAAAUAUUUCUAUUUCUCAAUAGUUUACCCAUUCCUUUCUUUUUCUGUCGCAUGAACUUAAACGUGCUUCAUUUCCAGGAAGAGUCUUCGUCACUGCAUUCUGAUCUAGCCAUUGGAUUGGUGCAGUUUUCCCCUGAUGAACAGUACUUGGCCGUGGUAUGUAGGUUUCAUUUUACAUCUAACCCCAACUCCCUUGGUCCUUUUUCAGGAGCUCAAAAGAGCUCGAGCAUAAGUACAGUAGAAGUACUUUCUCAGAUCACAUACGCACUUCCAAUAUAUGGAGCCAGCCAGGUAGCGGAUUUAAACACCAUACAAUGUUUUUUAAAAAGGUACAAUAAGCGACGUUACACUUCUGAGUUAGUUAGUAUCUAUGACCUUUUAGAGAAGUGUACCCACAGGUUGUUCACCAAAAUUAAGAACAAUGUUAACCAUCCAUUAUAUGCCCUUUUGCCGAAAGUCAGAGUCAUCCAAGAAGUUAAGAUCACAAACAAGUCAAUUACCACGGAUUAAUACAGAAAGUUUUAAGAAUUGCUAUUUUAAUAGAAUAAGGUUUCAAAAAACUCGGCAAUCUAACAAUAUAGAUAUCCAAUGUUUUAUCAGGUUUGAUAUAAUAAUUGUGAAUGACCUGUUCGAUUUUCAUGAUUUGUGUACUUUUACUCUCUGUAACGUUUGUUAUGUAUUUUAACGGGCAAAAUAAAGACAUUUAUUAUUAUUAUUAUUAUCAUUACAUCGGAAAGUGCGCAAGCCAGAAUUUAAGUAGUAACUUUUUAUCAGUUUGAAUUAGUAUUUUUAAAUAGUUUUUAUUUUUUUUAUUAACUUUUUGAUGCUUUUUAUAAUUGUUAUUAGUAGUCUUUAGAUAGUCAUUUUACGACAAUUCUCUUUCGUACACAAGAAGAAUGUACAUAGGGUAUAUAUUUUAAUAUUUCAUAUUCUUGAAUCUGUAAAUAGUCUAUUUUUUUAAAUCUAUGAAUAAAGUUUUGUAUAUUAUUAUUAUUAUUAUUAUUAUUAUCAUUAGUUCAUCUCCGAAUAAGCAAGGAUUUGAGUGGGUUUUGACCCUUUGAGCCCUAAUAUCCACAUACAAAUUCUCCAAACUGAUCUCUGUACAUUUCCUUACUGAAUUAGUUGGGAGAAUUUGAAAAACGAGAGCAUUUUCCCUUGGUGAUCAUGUUAUCAAUUCUCAUAACCUUUUCUCUCGAUUGCGUAUUGAAAAUGUUAGGAGAAAAUAGAUGUUUAUCACUCUUGGCACUUAAAUGGUUAAGAUCCCCUUUUCAUUGCAGCUGCUUAUUAUUUGUUUAUAAAUUGCAGGCCGCACUGGAUGGGCAUUUUGGUAUCUGGACUGUUUCAAGCUUGAACACCGACCAGAAAGGUCACUCUUCUUCUGGUUUCCACUAGCGGCGGAGUCGGAGUCGUAAGCAAAGUCAUAAGAGCGCUUAUGGCCUAGUGAAAAUUCAAAAUCGGAGUCGUAGGCGGAGUCAUAAGUGUGACGGAAUCGGAGUCAGAAGAAUCAGAAAGUUUCCAUUUUCUUCGACUCCGCUUACGACUCCGUCGUCAACCUUAGGUCCGCUUAUGAUCUCGUGAAAACCAGAUUGUCGGAGUCGGAAGCAGAAGCGGAAGGAUAAACCAAUCACAAUGCACAUUCACACGCUUUGUGAUUGGUUUAGUUCUUCCGCUUCUGCUUGCGACUCCGACGAUCCAGUUUUCACUUGAUCGUAAACGACGGAGUCGUAAGCGGAAUCAGGAGAAUCAGAACGCUGUUCUCACUAGAUUGUAAAGUUCUACUCUUCUGAUUACAACACCGACUCCGUCGCUAGUGAAAACCAGCCUUAAGCAGUAGUGAUAUAAUUUUUAUUGUUUUGUGUGAGAGAAUCAUGUUAUCUUCUCUAAGUGACACCGGCCAUUUUGUUUUUACGACCUAAACAGAGUUCUGGUAUGUCCACCUUAAAACAGUUCGUAUUACCAGCAUGGAGUUUUCACCCGACAGUAGCAUGGUUGCUGUUGCUGGCUGGGAAGGAUCGUGGCAUUCAUACAGAAAGGUACGAAUGGUGGAGCUGAGAUCAUGGUCUUUUCAACUUUUUAAUUUAUCAAUGGCUAUUCACGGGUGGACGUGCAUUUUAAACUAAGGGUAGUUUAAAGAAGUUAUUUCCUACAGUAAUUAAUUUUAAAGCGGUCUUAGCAGGAAAAACUCCCGUGAUUUUGUAUUUCCCAUCCCAAAUAAACACAAGAAACAUCAAAUCAAGCUUUGCCCUUUUUCCGGUUUAAACCUAACAAGGACAGAGUUAAUAGUCUAAAGUGCCGAGGAGCCAGUUGGGUCAUCAGCCAAACUUAUUAUUGAGUGUCAUUUUUUUUUUGUCAUUCCUAUUUCAGAAAUUUGAAAGCGAAAGACUGUUAUGGGAAGAAUUUCACCAUAGCAAAACGUCUGACAGAGUUUCUGGGAAUUUGCCAGGAUCGUUGUUGAGUUGGUCCCCCGAUAACAGGUUUAUCAGGUAAUGUUUGCUUCUUACGUAUUCAAAUGUUAAACAAAGUCGACGAAUGUCUUGAUAACACCAUUGACAGUUUAUUUUGACAUAAUUAAUUUUGGAGAAAUCAGAGUGUAAACAAUGUUUUAUUCAAAUGAAUGUCUCACUUUAUUUUUAGAUAAACCAGAAACACUAACUAAUAAAAGGUUGGCAUUACUUGACCGCAGUACUUUGGCCUCCAGAGAAGCGACUUUUACCCCAAAAGUAUUUUUUUUUUUUUCAGACUAACUCUAUGUAAAGAUAACAAAUCUUGUUUGUCAACAUUUGAUACUCAAACGUCUGUUACCAGUGUGACCCCACUAGAUGGUAUAGUGAAAGGAGUGGCAAGUUUUAGGUAAUUUACUGUCAUUUUGUUGUUUGACAUUGAGUAUCAACAAGGGCCCAGUUGUUCCAAGGCCGAUUAGCACUUAAUCCGGGGUUAAAUUUAACCCGGAUUUCUUUUUCUUGUUUUCAAAAGCAUUUUCUCGGUUAAUUUUCUCUGUUAUUUUUAGAGCUUCCAAUCAUCAACUUGGAGACAAAAAAUAAUGAAACUGAAAUGCUUUUUAAGCUUUCAAAUCUGAAUUCAAAUUACGUACUAACCCUAUGUUAUCUUAACCCAGCUUUGAACAACUCGGCAGCGCGACCAUGGGCAAGAACAUCUGGUCUCUAUCUCUGCGAAAUUCGGUUGUAACAUGACUGUCCCUCUUUCCUUUCGCACCACAGAUGUGAUACUGUGUCACGUGUCUGUAUGUUUGAUCAGGUGUUCGACGCUAUUGCCGCGAUCAUGUCUUUUAGACUUCCUUUGACGAGUUAAUAAUUUUCAUUGGGUCGCGUGCUCAAGUAUUAUAAGCAUUGAAAGUUAUUGUUUCUAGUAAACUAAAUAGUUAGUAUUUCAGGGGAACUCCUCUUUUAGGCUUGGCUAAGUGUGAAACAUAUGAUAUCUUAUCAUUACAGAGGACGUUCAUGUGAUUACAGUCUCUGUUUCGUAAGAUCGAAAAAGUGUUUUGCCGUACCAUGGCCGAAAGACGAAAAUGGUGAGUUUUAUUACUAUCGACUUCGUUUAAGUAAAAGCUACCGUGGUGGUGGUUAUUAUUAAUCUGUAAAUCUCCACAUAAGAGAAAAUUACUUUUCUGUGGUAUGAUUUUAUUGUGCCUACGCGAUGGUCUCAUUUUUGGUUUGUUGGUUAAACCCUUUGCUGUGAUCUUUUAAGUAAAAUCUGCUGUGGUGCCAUAUAGUAUGUUUUCACUUACGUGGACAGAAGCUAUACAAACUUGGAACGAAAGAAAGCGUUUACAGAAUCCCACAGAAUUUGUUUGGAAGACCAACAUGGCCGCUGUUGUAUUGUUUUGGGACACCAAUAUGGCGGGCGUGACGUCAUGUAAAAAGUCUCUAUACUAACUAGUCCGUAAAGAUUACACAGUGGUCCUAACUACACAUUAUGAGUCUUUUUCAGUUUGUUACUUUGGGAUGGUAUUACCAUGAAAUGAGACAUUUUUUUGAAUGAGCGGACCAUCUGUAUGUAUGUUUAUAUCUUCUAACAGGUCCAGUUCAAAAGAUCGGUUCAGCAACCAAACAACCUAGAAAGCAAUUACAAGAAGAAGAGUCAUUGGAGGGCUCCAUAACUGUAGAGCGCUCAGCUGAUGGGGGAGUCACACUGAAGUGGAGUUGUACUUCUCGAAAUAUCCUUUCUUUACUGAGGGAUAUCAGCAAAAGACAGUUGAAUAAUACUGGUGCUGAUCAAUCAUCCAAUGCUCAGCUAUGUCCACCAAUGCACUAUAGUGGAUUUGACAGUGAGAUCAAACAGGAUAAAUUUGGGUUAAGAAAUUUAAGUCAUAGUGGAGAUGGCGUCAUGAAGACUCAAGAUGGUGAUGAGAUUAACUCGCACGGAAAAACGGUCGACGACAGUUGUAAAACUAUAGAACUUAACUCUGCUGAGGCUCUUGCGAGAUUGGAUUUCAGAGAAAUCAAACAUAGUCGUUUCAACGAUACAGAGGAUUCCUUGUGUGAAAUGUCUUUGAACGUCCUUGUUGGUGACAUUGCUUCAGAUAUCCCUCAAGAAGACAUGUCUUUGUUGACAAAGGAAGUUACUGAUGAGGGUGAAAACGUAAAAGGUUUUCAGUCGUCUGAAGGAUCUCCUGCAAAUAAAUGUCACUUCAGAGCCAAUGAGGAGUAUGAAUUUAGUUACUUACAAGCACCGUUCAUCAACCCAAGGUUAUUUCAAGGGUCUUGUUUAAACGACCCCUCCUUUUUAUCGGACAGUAGUACUCAAUUAUUAAAUUCCACAAACUACAUUGUAGUAGCUGUCUUGCCGCUGCUGGCGUACGUGUAUCAUCGGACAAGUGAAGAAUGGAGAACACUGCUGUUUUCGCGGGCAGUCAAGUGCUGCUGUAUUUCUAACGGUAAGUGUUGCGUUUAGCUCUUCAUAUCUUGAACGUUUAAAGUGAGGUGGCGAGAGUAAAUGUGUGCUCUUUUGCUCUGUAUUGUGACGCCUUGUGAUUGGCUGAAAUAUCUUGCACCCGUUUCUCCACCAAUCAGAAGUAAGUCUAAUACCACUCGUGACUUGCCAGCAAUUGUUUUCCCGCCCUUUUCAUCGGUUACAGCAAUUGCUUCCAGAUACGAACGCUUCAAUGACCUUUAUAUUUUCUUCGUUCUGCUCAGAUAAAUACAUGGCGCUUCUCACAAACGAUGGUGGGAUUAGAAUUUGGUGUUUAGAGACCAUGAAAAUGCUGUGUUUUAAAGAUGAAGUUCUCUGUGAUAGUGAAAGUGAGUCCCAGAGGUAAGUAAGAACAGCACUACUAGUUUCUGCUACGUUGGCCGUAUUUACAUUAGCGGACUUUGCAGACGUCUAGACGCUUUAAAAAUUUGCUUAGCUGCGACGUUACAUACUGAUGACGUGUUUGGGUAGUGCAUCUGAUUGGUUGAAUAAAAUUUCCCACGCGGCACGACCAAUCAGAAGCACUAGCCAGAUGUGGUUAGAGACACGUCAUCAGUAUGGAAUUUGGGCGCUCGUUCCUCAGACGUCAUUUCGCGGGGAAACCGCUGGUAGCGUCAUGAAGUGUCGCUGUUUUCUCAGGCUAAACCAGAACGCGAGUAAGUUUGCUCUGAUUUAGUAGUCUGGGUAAAGGAAGAUGGUGCGGAGCGAGUAGAUUUUUCUGAUUAUUUUCUAAUCAUAAUUUACUGUUUACUUCUUAUUCUGUUAGGUGUAUCAUAUCCGGAAAUCCGUUUGAACCGCAAUUUAACAUCAUUAGACUGGACAAGACAGGCUGUGGAAAAAUAAUACGAAUUUGCUUUCAGCCAGGUACGUCACCAGGACGCGUCUUCUCGAAAGAUGGUGGACGUUGACACAUGGUUAAGAGACAAUUUAAACAAAUCUCCCCUAAGAGCACGCAGCUAGAGUUAAUGGAACAUUCUUGAGCCUUUCACAGAGACCCACCAAGACUAACCCAAAAUGAAAGUCCAAAACCCACAAUCGUGAGUUAAAUUUGUAACUUUUUGUUUGCGCCAACCGGCCGUCGUACGCAGACGUUUUAGUCCCUCUCUCCUGUGACUCGUGCAGCCCAAUCCCUGCAACAACUUUGCAUUUCGCCCACAGACUCUUGAGGGAAAAGUCUCGGGUAGGUGAGGUAACCCGCUGCGGGUUACCCCGCUUAUCAUGUAAAUUGUAAUCAAAUUAAAAUGAGAGAUUAUAUGGACAGGCGGGUUAUCCCACCUACCUGGGGUCCCCCACCUCCUUGUAAACAGGCCCUUAGUUUAGUUUCUGCACAUGUUGAAUUUCAGAUCACGGAAGUGCUUGCGUGACGGUGAAUCGCCUAAGGGUUUGUUAUCCAGAUCUACUAAGCCACGCGUGUUCAACAAAGUUGUGUGGCUCUAUCGGGCAUAUGAUCAUCUUCAAACAGAGCCCCUCCGAGGAUCAUCAACACAGAACAGUUGGCCAGGAGUGCGAUGAUUCCACUCCCUCGAAGUGGAUAGUAAUUGUUCCAGGUACGAAAAGACGAGCUCGUUAGCCGUCGUUAACAAACGCGUUUGGGACAAGCAUCUGUUAGCGUUUGCGAUACGUUGGCUUAUGUUAUCCUGUUCUAUAACAUGCUCUUAACAGCGUCAUAUACCUGUGUAGCUGAUGUUCGAGAGUACACCCUUAAUAACUCUCGGUUUGCAGCCUCGUGACAAGGCGGCCAUGGAGGUGGCCAGUACAAUAAACAAUUUGUUUUGAAGAAUUUACAUAAAAAUGGAAUUUAGUUCCCAGAGGAGCGAAACCCUUUUGUUCCUGAUCAUCAACAUGGGCGCCAUGACGUCACUUGCAAACCAGCCAUAAAUAACAUUGCUUCUUAAAAAUUAAGGACAAAGUAGCUUAAAUUUGUUAUUUUAUUCUCUGGGAAGCAAUGCAUGUUUCAAUCUGUUAUCUGUUAUUUGAUUCACUUUAUUUACAGAACUUGGAAUUAGCCAGAAUGUCGUUGAAGACAGAGAAUGUUCCUUAGAGGGAUUUGUAAUUCGUCACCAUAACGAUUUAUGCAGACUAAGCAGCUUGGCAGCGAUGAACCGAUAA